UUAAAAAUGACAAUCUGUCACAAAAAAACAAUAAUAUAAAAAGUAGGAUAAGUAGUGGAAGGAAUCACGAAACAUCAAAACCAAUCAAAAAAAUAGAAAUAGUAAAAAGUUUUAGAUAUCUCUGACUCUUAGAGAAUCUACAAUGGGCGUGUGUGCAUCAUGUCACAAUGUGAAAACAACAAAGAAAUCAACAACAUCAUCAUCAACAAGAGAUGCUAGUGAAAAUGGUAGGGUUGAUUUUGCUGCAACAUGUUCAUCAGAAUCUUUUAGAAGACCGUCGUCGAUCAUGGUCAUGAACAUUUCCAAUGGUGCUAUCAAGGAAUACAAGAAACCAGUUCUUGCAAGUCUUGUUGUUUCGGAGAAUAGUGAUAACAAUGAUUGUUAUAUCUCAAAUGCAGAAUCAAUGUGCAUAGGGGAGUGUAUGCCACGGGUUCCCGAUGAGGACGAGCUUUUACCGGGUCGAAUCUACUUCAUUGUUCCUCUCUCGCAUUCUAAUUAUCCAUUGUCUCUUCAACUUCUAUGUGAUCUCGUUGUUAAAGUUAAUUCUGCACUUUCCAAUGGGUAAAUCAGAACUCGCCCAAAUUACAGGGGUAAAGACAUAUUAACCCUUUAGUGAAAUAGUGAAAUUUCACAAUCAAGUACAGCUUGGUAAAUCAUUUUUACUAAGCUAUAUAAAUAUGGUCCCAUCCGUGACUUCAACUUUGUCACAUCCUUAAAAUUAUUGUUACUUUUUCAACAUGAAAAUGUUACAUUAUUUUCCUCUCUUUUCCCUAGCAACUCUAUCCCUGCUCGUUGUCUCAGCCAGCACCACCAUCUCUUCCACCAGCAGCCAAAGAGUUCUUAGAAUCUCACAACAAAGCAUGAGCUGAAGUAGGUGUUGAGCCACUUCAAUGGAGUGAGAAUCUAGCAAAAGACACAAGCUUACUAGUCCGUUACCAAAGGAACAAAAUGGCUUGUGGUCUCGCCAACCUAACAGCUAGUAAAUACGGCGGUAACCAGCUUUGGGUGAGUAUUGGGGAGGCCAUAAUGCCGAGCUCAGUAGUGAAGUUGUGGGUGAGGAAGAAAGAGCUUUACAUUCAUGUGAAUGAUACUUGUGUGAAUCAUGAGUUCUGUCAUGCUUAUAGGCAGGUUGUGUGGAAGAAAUCAGUACAACUUGGGUGUUCACAGGCUACUUGUACUGAUAAGAAGGAAGCUGGUUUGACUAUUUGUUUCUAUGAUCCACCUGCACCUCGUAGAGUCAUUGGAGAGAGUCCAUUUUGAUUGGUGUUUAUGUAUGAUGAUAUGAAUAAUAUGAUGUAUUUCAAGUAAUGUUAUGUUAGUUAGGUUCUUGAAUUAGAUUAUGUAAGUGUAAUGUAAACUAUGCUAGAGAGAUCAAUAUGUGCCUAUGUUUGGAUUCUAGUGUGAAAUGUUUGAUGAAUCUUAAAUAAAAUUGCUUUGGUCUCAAA